UGCUAGAAAACCAGCUAGUUGAUUAAGAAGGUCCCCAAAGAGUCAAAGCUUUUAAGCAUUGCUGAAGCAGAGUGCAGGUGCCAAGUGGAAUCAGGCUCAGAGAAGAGGUCUCUUGUCUUCCUUAGAAAUAACUACAACAUAAAAUAAAAGUAAGAGUAAAACCAACAUAGAAUGGAUGCCUCUUAGAGAUACGGAGGUGACUUCAAACAACUUUGUUUUAUAAAAAUACAACAAGGUUAAAAAUAAUUUGUUCAUUCUCUUUUCCUGUCCAGGAGUUCCCAUCAGAGCUUGGAAAGGAACUCACAUUAGUCCUGCUACCUAAAACAAGCAAUUCUGGGUUCCUCCCCUUGUCACACAGACUGAAAUACCCAUUUGCUCCGACUGGACUCACAGAAACAUGUUGCAAAAACGUAUGUCAUCAAAAAGUUAAACCUUAAACACGCUUCCACCCGAGAGAGGAAAGCAGCAGAACAAGAGGCACAGUUGUUAUCCCAACUGAAACACCCAAACAUUGUUACCUACAGAGAGUCCUGGCAGGGGGAAGAUGGCCUCUUAUAUAUUGUUAUGGGCUUCUGCGAGGGAGGAGAUCUGUAUCACAAACUGAAAGAGCAGAAGGGCAAACUUUUGCCUGAGAAUCAGGUGGUGGAAUGGUUUGUCCAGAUUGCCAUGGCACUGCAGUAUUUACAUGAAAAGCACAUUCUGCACAGAGAUCUUAAAACUCAAAAUGUUUUUCUAACACGAACAAAUAUAAUCAAAGUGGGUGACCUGGGAAUAGCCAGAGUGUUGGAAAACCAGUAUGACAUGGCCAGCACUCUCAUCGGCACACCGUACUACAUGAGCCCUGAACUCUUCUCUCACAAACCCUACAACUACAAGUCAGAUAUUUGGGCGUUAGGCUGCUGCGUUUAUGAAAUGGCUACACUGAAACAUGCCUUUAAUGCUAAAGACAUGAACUCUUUGGUUUAUCGAAUUAUAGAAGGAAAGCUGCCCCCCAUGCCAAAGGAUUACAGCCCACAGCUGGUAGAAAUAAUACGCACUAUGCUCAGUAAAAAACCCGAGGAAAGACCUAGUGUGAAAAGCAUUCUGCGACAGCCGUAUAUCAAGCACCAAAUUUCUUUGGUUUUGGAAGCCACAAAGGCGAAAGCAGCCAGAAGUCAUAAGAAAACGGUGAAUUCUAAACCUAAAGAUCCUUGUUCUGUGGUCUCAGGAAAGACUGAAUCUCACAGCAGCAACAUUACACACGAAAACCACUCCUUUGAGAAACCCAGGAAAUCUAAAAUUACUGAAGAGGAUUGUGUUGUCAAACAUAAAGCCACCAAAUUUUGUCCCUCAGAGAAACCAGCUGUUGAGUUGGAAAGAAAACCAAGCAAUAAUGAUUUGAACAAUGUGGGUGACUCCUCAGCUACACUGAGUGAAGUGCGUAUUGAUAUCUUCCCAUCUGAAAGGAUGAAGUAUGGAAGCGAGGAGCGUAGCGGUGAGCGUGUUCCAGAGAAUAACAAAGCAAAGAAUGUAAAUGUUCCAGGGAAAUCUAAAAUAACAUCCAGUAGCCCACUGGCUAAGGAAGAUGAACUGCAGCAAAGAACAAACCAGGCUUUUAAAGCUGAAAAUGUUGAGUCUAAGCAGUCUUCUGAUGAUGCUGUAGAAGAAGGUGAUGACACUUUGAAACUCCUGCAGCCUGUAUCAAAGGACCAAAAGCACAAUGACCUGAGUUUGGAUUCUACUGAGAAGCUGCUGGCACCUUUUGUUCCCGUCAUAAUUCAAGAUGACAUCUGUCCUGGAGCUUUGGGAGAUGCUCAGGAAAAAAUUGCAUCCCACUUGUGGCCUCAUAGUUCUGUCAGUGAACCUUCUCUCUCACGGCAACGACGGCAAAAGAAAAGUGAACCAGCUGGAGUCUCUUCAGAGAAGUUCAGAGCAGCUGCUCCCCGGCCUUUACCUUUUGUUUCUGAUGCAAAUGCAAAGACAACACAGAGCUCUGCAGAGCAACAUGGUGCUGAUGCCUCCGAAACUGUAAACGGCACCAAAACCAGUCAAGUUGCCAUUUCAAAGGAGCGGCCCUUGUCAGCAAGAGAACGAAGGAGGCUGAAACAGUCUCAGGAGGAGAUGUUUCCCUCUGUGAUUCCUGCAAGACGAGCGUCAAAUAGUGCAGUAGUUGAAGCAAAAUCACAUAUGGAAAAUCAUGUUAAAGUUGCUCAGUCCUCAUCAGAUCCCAGUAUUUCUCAGAGAAAGAGAGAAACCCAUUGCCUGUCUGAUGAUGAGUUAAGCUCAUCCACAAGCUCUACAGACAAGUCUGAUGGAGAUUCCAAGGAGAAAAAAAGCAGCAUGAACGAAAUGAAUGACUUAGUGCGGCUGAUGACCUGGACACUGAAAAUGGACUCUAAGAAGAACAAGUCCUGUGUAACCUCAACUCCAGCCUCAGAGUUUAAACUUCAUAGAAAAUAUCGGGACACUCUGAUUUUGCAUGGAAAAUUGCCUGAUGAAUCAGAGGAAUUAAAAUUUGAAGAGAUUCCUUCAGAUAUGCUACCAAUUCCUGACAAGAUCAGGAGAAUGGUUGAGAUCUUGAGAUCUGAUGUGGUGCAAGGGUUGGGAGUGAAACUCCUUGAGAAGGUGUACAGCAUCAUGGAGGAGGAGGAUGAAGUGAAAAGAGAGCUGCAGCUGCGGCAGCAUAUGGGAGACAAGUACGCAAGUUACAGUGCGAAGGCACGGCACCUGAAAUUUCUCGAAGAAAAUGUGAAGUUCUGACCAGAACUUGGUGAGAAAGAGACUUUUAUAGCUCAACUGCUAGACUGGACCAGCUUGCCAAGCAAGUUUAUCUGCAGACUUCCUUUGCUGGAAUAAGGAGGUGAACUUGCAAAAACUGUUACAGUUUGUAGCAAUAUUUUUCAUGUUAAAAUGUGAACCAGG